AGUCAAGACCAGACCAUUAAAGUGCUCUCUUUCUUCUGUUACCCGUCAAGAAGCAAACCUAUCUCUCUGCUACUAUCUUUACACUUGAGCAAGAAAUCAAAAUAGCCAAUUAAUUACUCUUUAUAUCUCCUUUCAAGAAUUUGGCCACUGAGAAAGAAAUGGGAGUUGCAGGCACUUUAGAGUACUUAUCUGAUUUGCUAAGCAGUGUCAAAAAGGGCAAGAAAAGGAAGCAAAUGCAAACUGUUGCACUCAAAAUAAGAAUGGACUGUGACGGCUGUGCACGGAAAGUCAAGAACGUCCUCUCCGGCGUUAAAGGAGCUAAAUCAGUGGAUAUAGACAUGAAGCAGCAGAAGGCGACAGUGACAGGUUAUGUAGAACCUAAGAAAGUGUUGAAGGCAGCUCAAUCUACUAAAAAGAAGGUAGAGCUUUGGCCUUAUGUCCCUUACACUUUAGUAGCAAAUCCAUAUGUUUCUCAAGCUUAUGACAAGAAAGCUCCUGCUAAUCAUGUCAGAGCUGUUCCGGCGACCGCCACCAUCACUGAGACCACCGUCGACGAUCAAUAUACCAACAUGUUCAGUGAUGAGAAUCCAAAUUCUUGUUCUAUCAUGUAGUACAAUUAAUUAAGAGCUAUAUAUCUAUGAAAAUAUUUACUGUACAUACAUAGUAAUUACUUAAUUAGUUACGAAAUUAAUAUAAUCAUGGUUUUUUUUUUCCCUUAUAU